UCCUUAUAUAGAACCACCGCCGGAGAGGCGCCAUGACCAACGAAAUCGAUCGAAGAACCAACCGGAAGGAAACUAUAGAAAACCGCGAGCACGAUGAUGGCCACCACAGCACGAGCGCUCCGCCUCGUCGCCUCAAGCCCAUCAACCACCCAACGCAGCAUCCUAGCGGCACACCGCCGCUUACUGUCCAUCACGACGGAAGCCGCCGGCGCUGGUGACACUGCCGUCCACUCCGGCGAGCCGCCGAGCGACGACUACGCCGACCGACCCCCGAAGUUCUCCGUCGCCGAGGAAGCCACCAAGGGAUCAGACGACAAGCACCCGUCAGCAACGACGCCACGGCCGUCGGAGUCGCCGUCCACCACCACCACCAAGGAGCGCGUCUCGCCGUUCGGCCCCUCGGGGAAGCUGGGGUCGCAGGAGCUCGCGGACCCGGCGGCAGGCUCGACGUUCACGCAGAAGCGCCACUGGUCGUCUUCCGCGCCCGCGGGAAGCGACCCUCUCGGGGACGCGACGCCCGGGGACGAGGAGGCGGCGGCGCGCAAGGUGAGGGAGGAGGACCGGGAGUACUACCGGACGCACAAGCCGUCGCCGCUGGCCGAGGUGGAGUUCGCGGACACGAGGAAGCCCCUGACGCGCCACACGGACGGCGGCGCCGAGGACAGGAUGGAGCACGAUGUGCAGGGCACGAUGGUGAGGGACACGGCCGACGCGUCGCUGGCCCGCGCCGAGGCCAUGUUCCGGGAGGCCGCGUCGCGCGGGAACCCUGAGUGGCCGCACUCCCGCGCGCUCGCCGCCAUGCUGGCACGCCGCCGAGGGGAGGGGGGAGCUGGUGACGGAGGCACCGCGCCGUGGGGAAGCUGAUUCGCCGUUGCCCGUUGGGCGGUAGACUAGCAGGGCUAGCAGCUGCAGUAGCGGUAGGCUGCUAGUAGGUUUCGCUGGAUCAAAUCUUCAAAUGCAAGGUGUAAAAUGUUUGAAUAAACAUGAACUCCCGAGUAUGUAGUAGUGCCACGAAAUAAAGUUGGAUCAAGCUAGCAUGGCUCGAAAUUUGUCUCUUCUAAGCAAAUGAAUCUUCGUUGCCGGAGGCCUGGAUGGCUGUGGUUGCACCUUGCACCCUGCUUCGUCAACCGGAGAAGCUUUGAGAACCACGUCAGACCAGCUGAGGGUCGACUUUCGAUUCGAUCUGCCUUCCAUGGUCGCUAGCAAAACUGCUCCUUUCCUCCCACUAAGCAUGUCUUUGUUUUGUUUAAAUU